UUAAGCUCCAACACUUAAUUCAAAUUUCGACUCCUUGAUUUUUUGUCUAGUUAAAUUUUUGUGAAAAUCACGAGUGCUCAAUAUUCAUAGCAUAAACUUUUCUAAGAUUUUUGCUGUGAAUGAACGAACUUCUCUGCUAAUAACACAGAACAAUUUUUGUUUUCCCCUUCUGUGAGUGAGUGAGGGAGAAUGAUGGGAGGAAACUCGAAUUUGCUUACAGAAGAUAUCAACAAAAUCGGCAUACUGGAAAAAGAAGGAGGAGAAGAGAAGCCAGCUGCUCAUAGCUCAGGGGAAAGGCUGGAUUUUUCAAGGGAUAUUCUAGUGGUAAAAGAUGAUGUUCUGAAGCAUAAUUUAGUUGAAAACCCUCAGCAGUAUCUCAACUACCAGCAGCUCGAGAGAGGAAGUCAAUCUGGUAGCCAAGAGAUAUGGGAGGAUCUGAUAAUUAGUCUGCUUGGUCUCAACAGUGAGUAUAAUCACCUCCUUCCCACCGAAGACGAAAAUAAAAGUGAUCUGCUAACUAUGCUUCGCCCUGCAAUUCAAGAUGAAUCUAUUAGUCCUCAUGUAAACCAGCCUCCCUCUAUCGAAGACUCCUUCCACUCGAACGCCAUCGCAUCGCCAACACAACAGGUUGUUUUAACUGUUCUUAAUAGCGAAAGCACGCGUAAUCCAACAACAAGGGCUGCUUUACAAGGGUUACCAAAGUGGGGCUUCCUGAUCACCAACCUGGUCCUGGAGACUUUGACAGCAGUUUGUGAUCAACUUCAAUCUCCACGCAGGCCACAUUACGCACUAGUUGGUUUGUUAUUGUCUCUGUCAGCUUUGCUUAUCUGUAUUUGUGAGCUCCUCCAUAAAGGUCGAAAGGAGCUGGUUUCAUGGAUAUGGGCAGGGAGAUUUUAUCAUCCAUUUCCUCACAAAGUAAUAUUCAGUAGCUUUGCUGAAACUUUUGGAUUCAUUUGCGCUGUGUUUCAGUGCAUUUUCUCAACAGUGGGGGAAAAAGACAUGGAGACAGACCAUGCAGAUUAA